AUGGGCAGGAACAAGGGCAAAGCGCCCCAGCGCCCGGAGGGAUCCCGGAGGCCCCCCUCGGGGGAGCAGGAAUCCGGGUCUGCCAGCGCAGAUAGCGCGCCGAGCCGGGAACAUCGAAAGGGCCACCGUAAGGCCCACAGGGAGCCCAGCGCCAGGCGAGGCCAGGAGCCCCCCAGUGCCCACAGGAAGCCCCCUUUAGGGGAGAACGGGAACUGCAGACGGGCAGAGGCAGGGCCACCGCCGGAGGCCGAGGGGAGACGAGGCAGCGGGCACACCCGUGGGGGAUACCUGGCUAAGGAGAGCGACAAGCCGGGCGACGGCCACAGGGAGCUCCUGGAGGAGAAGGGUUUCCUCCCAGGAGGGAGGACACGCGAGCGCAACCGCCGCAAAAGGAGAGGAAAACGCCUCGGACCCUCGGCUCAGCGGGGCCGCCCAGAGACACGGAGCCUCGAUGGGAAUACGUCGGGGGGAGACGGGGCCAGCUCCUGCCUGGACAGCGAAGCCCAGGAGGCCCAGGAGAGCCGCAGCCAGGGCGGUGGGACCCCAGAGCAGAGGCCCAACUUGGAGCAAACGGACAUGGGCUCGGGGGGCACUCGAACCAGCGCAGAGUCGGGGCUGGAGGCACCAGGAGCGCAGUGGAACAGCAACGGCCCCAGCGGCAGCAACAAGCUCCCCUCGCGGCCCCAGAGCCCAGAAGGAUCGGCGGCGGCGAGGCCCCAGGGAGAGACCGAGGAUUCUGGGACAGGCCCAAACUCGAGUCAGGAGGGGGCCAGGUCUGGACGGAGCCCGGGGGCAGCACCAGAAACGACCCGCGGGGCCCCUGAGGCCGGCGAGGCUGACCCAGCUAGAAAAGCCGCAGCUUCCAGCCCCGUGGAGGGCAGCCCCGCCUGCAGCCCUCGGAGCUCGUGGGGUUCUCAGGACCCCAGGCAGGGCGGGGAUACAAGAGAGGAUGGGGUGCAGCUCGAAGCUGAGCCGAGGGGCGCCCCGCCCGAAAAAGCCGAGGCCUUGACCGCCCGAGGUCAGCGCCGCCAGGUUGGAAAGGUGGUGGGGAAGUCGCAGGAGGCGGUGGGCGUGAGCGACGCGGGGUCUGGGGGUGACGGGCCCCGGGCCCCAGCGCCGCUGGCCGCCUUAGUGGCGCUCCGCAGGCUCCGCGCCAGGCCCCCGCCGGGCCCCGCUCCCCAGGCCGCCGGUCCUCGCCGCUGCAGCCUCAAGGACCGGCUCGUGCGCGUGGCGCGGGCCCUGGGGUUCCUGCGAUGGCUGCGGCUGCGGCUCCAGCGGCGCGCGGGCGGCGCGCGGGGUCCCGGGACCAGCGAGGGGACGAGCCGCGGGCCGGGGCCGCGCCGCCGCCGUCUAGCGCUGAGCCUGGCGGGCAUCGCCGGGCUGUGGGGGCGACCGGGGCCUCCCCCUGGCGGCGGCCCGAGUUCCCUGGAGGUUGCGAGAAGCCCAGCCCAAGACCCUUUGGGGGUUGAGGACCCGACUCCAGAUCCCAAGUUCGCCGUGGUGUUCCCCAGGGUCCACGGGGCAGGGAGUACCUCGAGCCGCGUGAGCUCAGAGGAAGGGUCCGCGGACGCCCCCGCCGGGGAGGGGCGCGAUUGGUCCUGUGCGGGGGCGUCUGCGGACAGUGCAGGGCGCAGGGCGAGUGUAGAAGGGGUGGCCGGGUCCCCCCGCGGCUCUCUCAGCCCGAAUCCCCACGAGGAGUACCCCCUGGACGAGAGCGGCUCCAGCAGCGAAGCGGAGCCCGAGAUCUUGGAAGCCGCGGCUCCGGUGCAUUGGGCGCAGUGCUCAGACCCCUACGAGGACCCCGGGCUUGACACCGAAGCACUGCUGCCCCGACUCACUUUGGAGACCCGACGGCGGCCGGAGGGGAGCCCUGGCCCCCGCGGGUCCCCGAGGGAUCGAUGGGAGCCAGAGGACGAGGUGGAGGAGGCGCUGGAGAGGGACCUGGAGCUGGGCCUCGCGCGGGGCCCGGGGACGCCUCCCUUUCUUGGCGGCGCAGACGGCAGGAGCGUCGGGGAAGGUCUGGAAGACACUGAGGACCUGGCCCGGCUGUGGCCAGUCUGCGACAGCUCGGUGCUGCUGUGUCUCAAGAAGAGGUUUCACCUGGGCCGAAUCUAUACCUUCGGGGGGCCCCUUCUGCUCGCUCUGAACCCCCGCCGGACCCUGCCUCUCUUCUCACCUGAGGUCCUGGCCAGCUACCGCCCUGGGAAGACCCCCAACCCCACCCCACACAUCUUUGCCGUCGUGGCAUCAGCCUGUAGCCUGUCUGAGAGCACUGGGCAGGCCACCUGCAUCCUGCUGGGUGGGCACAGCGGCUCUGGGAAGACAGAGGCGGCCAAAAAGAUGGUGCAGUUCCUACACAGCCUGGAGCGGGAGCAGACAAGGGAGAGAGGAUGUCGGCUGGACACCGUGCUGCCCCUGCUCAGCAGCUUUGGCCACGCCAAGACAGUCCUCAACACCAAUGCCAGCCGCUUCGGCCAGGUCCUGGGCCUCUGCCUGCAGCAGGGCACCGUCGUUGGCGCUUCUGUGUCGCAUCACCUGCUCGAGACCUCAAGGGUGGUGUUUCAGGCCCAGGCUGAGCGGAGCUUCCAUGUUUUUUAUGAGCUGCUGGCAGGGCUGGACCCCAUGGAACGGGAACAGCUUUCCCUGCAGGGGCCGGAGACCUACUACUACCUCAACCAGGGCCGCGCCUGCAGGCUCCAGGACAAGGACGAUGCCCAGGACUUCACAGGACUGGUGAAGGCCCUGCAGGCACUGGGCUUGUGCGCCGAGGAGCUGACCGCUGUCUGGGCUGUGCUGGCCUCCGUCCUGCACCUGGGCAACAUCUGCUUUUCCUCGUCAGAGAGGGAGUCCCAGGAGGUGGCCGCCGUGUCCAGCUGGGCUGAGAUCCACGCCACAGCCCAGCUGCUGCGGGUGCCGCCCGAGCGCCUGGAGGGGGCGGUCACCCGGAGGGUCACGGAGACGCCCUGUGGCCAGGUCUCGAGAUCCCUGCCCGUGGAAAGUGCCAUUGAUGCCAGGGACACCCUGGCCAAGGCCCUAUACGCACGGCUCUUCGCCUGGCUUCUGAGGAGGGCCAACGCACGGCUGGCGUCCACUGCGGAGGCAGGCAGCACGGCUACCGUCACUGUCGUGGAUGUCUAUGGCUUUGAGGCCCUGCGGGUCAAUGGUCUGGAGCAGCUGUGCAACAACCUGGGCAGCGAGCGCCUGCAGCUGUGGCACCGCCGGCUGCUGCUGGCCCUGGAGGAGGAGGAGUGUCGGAGGGAGUCACUGCCCUGGGUGCCCAUCCCCCAGGCCCCGCAGGAGUCCUGCCUGGACCUCCUGGUAGACCAGCCGCACAGCCUCCUGAGUAUCCUGGAUGCCCAGACAUGGCUGUCCCAGGCCACGGACCAUACCUUCCUGCAGAAGUGCCACUAUCACCAUGGCGACCACCCGUGCUACACCAAGCCCCAACUGCCCCUUCCCAUCUUCACCGUGCGACAUUAUGCCGGGACCGUCACCUACCAGGUGCACAAGUUUCUGAACAGAAACCGGGAUCAUCUGGACCCUGCCGUGGUGGAAAUGCUUGCCCAGAGCCAACUCCAGCUGGUGAGCCGCCUGUUCCGGGAUGCAGAGCCUGAUGAAUUCAGGGGAGGACCAGGCAAACCCACACUGGCCACUCGCUUCCAGAAGUCCCUGGGGGACCUCAUAGCCCAGCUGGGCAGGAGCCAUGUCUCCUUCAUCCAGUGCCUCAACCCCAAUCCAGGAACGCUUCCAGGCCUCUUUGAUGUGGAUCACGUGGCAGAACAGCUGCGCCAGGCGGGCAUCCUGGAGGCGGUGUGUACCCGCGGCGCCAACUUCCCCAUUCGCAUGCCCUUCCAGGCCUUCCUGGACAGGUUCCGGGCCCUGGGGGCCGAGGAGCAGGGCGAGCUCUCUGACCGGGAAAGGUGUGGCAUCAUCCUGAACCAGGUGCUGGCGGCUGAGUCACCCCUCUGUCACCUGGGAGCCACCCAGGUACUGCUGCGGGAGCCGGGCUGGCAGCAGCUGGAGCAGCGCCGGGCCCAGCAGCGCACCCAGGCCCUGCAGACCCUGCACCGAGGCCUCCGCGUCUGCAUCUCCCACCAGCGCCUCCACCUCCUGCCGCGGAUGCAGGCUCGUGUGAGCGGGCUCCAGGCCAGGAAGCGGUACCUCGGGCGGCGGGCAGCUCUGGGGCAGCUGAACACCAUUGUGCUGGCGGCCCGGCCCCUGCUCUGGAGGCGGCGGAGACCACAGCUUGAGCAUCGGCGCAGCUGGCACAGCGGCGGCUCCUUUGAGACGGUGCCAAGAAUGGAGCUGGGGCGCUUGGAGAUCCCGGCUGAGCUCGCCGUCAUGCUGAGGACAGCGGAAGGCCGUCAGCACGCCCGGGUCCAGAGCAUCACAGAGGCCAUGCCCCCGGAAGUUCCCGCCCGGCCCAGCCUGACCCUCCCGCCUGACAUCAACCAGUUCCCCUUCUCCAGCUUCAUCUCCAUCGGCUUUCAGGAGCCCUCCUUGCCCCACCCUGGGCAGCUGCUGACCAAGCCCCUGACUCGGCUGGAUGGUGAAAACCCUCAGCAUGCCCUGGAUAUCAACAAGGUGAUGCUGCGGCUGCUGGCGGACGGGUCGCUGGCGCCCUGGCAGGAGCAGACCAUGGGCCAGUACCUGGUGCGGCAGGGGCAGCGCCGGCCGGGGCUGCGUGACGAGCUCUUCAGCCAGCUGGUGGCCCAGCUCUGGCACAACCCCGACGAGCAGCAGAGCCAGCGCGGCUGGGCCCUCAUGGCCGUCCUGCUCAGCGCCUUCCCGCCGAUGCACACCCUGCAGAAGCCACUGCUCAAGUUUGUGUCCGACCAGGCCCCCAGGGGCAUGGCAGCGCUGUGCCAACACAAGCUGCUAGGGGCCCUGGAGCAGACGCAGCUGGCCCCUGGGUCCGCACGGGCCCACCCUCCCACCCAGCUCGAGUGGACGGCCGGAUGGAGGCGGGGCCGCAUGGCGCUGGACGUGUCCACCUUCAGCGCGGAGUGCUACUCGGCCGAGGUAGAGUCCUGGACCACAGGGGAGCAGUUCGCCGGGUGGAUUCUACAGAGCAGAGGCCUGGACGCGCCCCCGCGCGGCUGGUCUGUGUCACUGCACUGCGGGGACUCCUGGAGGGACUUGGCCGGCUGCGACUUCGUGCUGGACCUGAUCGGCCAGACCGAGGACCCGGGGGACCCGGCCUGGCCCCACAGCUACCCCAUCGCCCCCCGUGGCCGAGCUGAGAACAUCCCCCUGGCCCCCAGCGUCCAGGCCCCCUCACUGCCCCCAGGCCCCCCUCCGGGUCCAGCCCCAGCACUGCCCAGCACGGGGCAUACAGGUGAGUCCCGGAGCUCAGGGAGUCUGGACGGCUUCCUGGACCACCUCUUCGAGCCAGUCCUCUCCCCCAGCCUCAGCGAUCUGGAGCGAGGCAGGGCUCUGAGUGGCCGCAUGAAGGGAGGGGGUGCCAUCGGGCCCAUGCAGCAAGGCAGCUACCCCGUGGUGUACCCAGGGAUGGUGCAGAUGCCCAGCUACCAGCCAGCCAUGAUGCCAGCACCCAUGCCCAUGAUGCCAGCCAUGGGGCCGGUCCCAGCCAUGAUGGUACCACCACAGCCACAGCCUGUGCUUCCCAGCGUGGACGCGAGGCAGCUGGCGGCCCAGCAGCAGGACUUCAUCAACCAGCAGGCGCGGAUCCUGGCCCAGCAGAUGACCACCCAGGCCAUGACCUUGUCCCUGGAGCAGCAGGCAAAGCAACUCCAGAAGCAGAGUCAGGCCCUGGCCCUGGCCCCGGCCCCGGCCCCAACCCCAACCUCGGCCCUGGCCCCGGCCCCGGCCCCAGCCCCAGCCCCUGCCCCUAGAGCAGUCUCCCCAACUUCACCUCCUCCGGCCAUCACCCACAAGCCCAAGAAGACACCCACCACCCGGAAGGAGCCAGAAAGUGGCCUGGAGUUGGUAGGUGCCCGCCUGAGGGAGACCCCGCAGGAGGCUGAAGACAGGUGCCCACGGCCCAGGAGCUUCCAGCAGAAACGAGACUAUUUCCAGAAGUUGGGGCAGCAGCCGAUCACGGUGAAGACCAUGAAGCCUCCAGCCAAGGUGAAGCUCCCCCAGGCGGAGGUGCAGGACGAGGAGCCGGAAGAGGAGGAGCAGAGAGCAGGGCCCUCACCUCCGCCUCCCCGGGUAGUGAAGAAGCCGCCACCACCAACGCGAAGUGCAGCCAAAGCUGAACAGGAGGCUGAGGCUGAGCCGGCCACGGAGGCGGGGCCUGGCAGGGGGCACAGGCCAGCCGAGGGCAGAGCCGUGGUACAUAGCUCGGACCCUGAGCCCUGGCGGGCAGAGCCCAGCAGGGAGAUCCGCAACAUCAUCCGCAUGUACCAGAGCCGCCCCGGCCCCGUGCCUGUGCCGGUGCAGCCAGCGAGGAAGCCCUCCCAGAGUUUCCUGAAGAAAAACAACCCUAAGGAUGAGGCUCUGGCUAAGCUGGGGAUCAGUGGUGCCUCUUCGCCCCCGCAGACGGUGUCCCCCAGCCCAGGGAAGGCCCCCCCACCGGCCGUGGCCCCUCGACCCAAGGCCCGACCACGGCUGAUGCCCUCCAGCUCCAUCAAGGAGAAGCAGGGGCCCCUUCAAGAGCUGUUUGGCCAGAACCCACCGACUGCCCAGAAACUCCCGCCUCCGCCUGCACCCCCACUGCCCCCGCCCUGGGAGCCAGCGAGCCCUCCAGCUGAGCCCCGCAGCUUGGUGGAGCCCAUGGGGGACCAGGGGGUCUCCACCCAGCUGCUCGUGCCCUCAGGCAGCGUGUGCUUCUCCUAUGCCAGCGCCCCCUGGAGGCUGUUCCUGCGCAAGGAGGUGUUCUACCCCCGGGAGAACUUCGGCCACCCCUACUGCCUCAGCCUCCUCUGUGAGCAGAUCCUAAGGGACACCUUUGCUGAGUCCUGCAUCCGCAUCUCCCGGGACGAGAGGCGCAAGAUGAAAGACCUGCUGGGAGACCUGGAGGUGGGCCUGGACUCACUGGACACGGCUGAGGACGGCGUCAAGAAGCGCAUCGUGUUGGCCGCCAGGGACAACUGGGCCAAUUACUUCUCCCGCCUCUUCCCUGUCUCGGGCGAGAGCGGCAGCGAUGUGCAGCUGCUGGCUGUGUCCCACCGGGGGCUGAGACUGCUCAAGGUGACCCAGGGCCCCAGCCUGCACCCCGACCAGCUGAAGACUCUCUGCUCGUACAGCUUUGCUGAGGUGCUGGGCGUGGAGUGCCCGGCCGGCUCCACCCUGGAGCUGUCGCUGAAGAGUGAACAGCUGGUGCUGCACACGGCCCGGGCAGGAGCCAUCAAGGCCAUGGUCGAGCUCUUCCUGAGCGAACUCAAGAAGGCAAGUGACUCCGGCUACGUCAUCGCCCUGCGGAGCUACAUCACCGACGACCACAGUCUCCUCAGCUUCCAACGUGGGGACCUCAUCAAGCUGCUGCCGGUGGCUACCCUGGAGCCAGGCUGGCAGUUCGGCUCCACCGGUGGCCGCUCCGGACUCUUCCCUGCUGACGUCGUGCAGCCAGCAGCUGCUCCGGACUCGUCCUUCUCGACAGAGCAGAGGAGCGGCCGGGGGCACAAGGGUCAGCUGCAGCGCAGAGAGUGGGAUAGGGCAUCGGAGUUGCCCACCCACCCCUGGAGCCAGGCGCGCAGUGACAACUCGGCCACCAGCCUGUCCCCCUCUGUGGCCUACGUCACCCUGCCCACGGACUCCGACUACACCAUGCAGGAGUUUGCCCUGCGCUACUUCCGGAAACCCCAGACCCUGCCGGCACAGACCGGUGGAGAUGCUGAGAAGGCCAUGGCCAGCCUGGUGCAGUACAGCAAGGCUCCCAUCCAGGAAUCGCUCAUCAGCUUCAGCGACGAGGACACAAAUAGGCAAGCUGUGGAGAGCUUCCAGGCUCUGAUGCAGUUUAUGGGGGACCAGUCCAAGCCGCGGGGCAAGAAUGAGCUGGAUCUCCUCUAUGGGCUGCUGAAGCUCUGCCAGGAGGAGGAGGACCUCAGGGACGAGGUUUACUGUCAGGCCAUCAAGCAGGUCACGGGACACCCCCGGCCGAAACUCGGUGCAAGAGGCUGGCGCUUCCUCAGCCUCCUCACGGGCUAUGUCCCCCCAUCGAACACACUGAUGCCCUACGUGACCAAGUUUCUGCAGGACUGGGGCCCUCGCCAAGAGCUGGCCCAGAGCAGCCAGGAGCACCUCCAGCAUACAGUCAAGUACGGGGGGCGCCGGCGGCUGCCCUCCCCAAGCGAGAUGCAGGCCUUCCUGAAAGGACAAGUAGUCCACCUGGUCCUAAUUCACCUGCCUGGGGGUGUGGAUUACAAGACCAAUAUCCGCACUUUCACAGUGGCAGCAGAGGUGCUGGAGGAGCUGUGCAGGCAAAUGGGCAUCACGGACCCCCAGGAAGCGCAGGAGUUUGCCCUCUUCCUCGUCAAAGGCGACGGUGAGCUGGUCCGGCCCCUGUGGCCCCAGGAGUACCUCAACAGCGUGCUGGGGGGUCCGGGCGUGAGCCUGCACAGUCGGCGGCUCGGCUGGGAGACCCGGCUGCACUUUGACAAUCCCACAUACAUCAGCACCCACUACGGCCAGGUGCUGCGGGACUACCUCCAGGGGAAGCUGGGGCUCAGCCCCCAGGACGACGCCCGGCUUGCCAGGUUGGCGGCCUUGCAGCGGCUCAGCAGGAACGAGGAGGAGCUCCCCUCAGAGCAAGACCUCCUGGCUUACUUGCCGAGGCAGCAGCAAUGGCAGCAGCAACGGCAGAUGAACAUGGCCACUGUGAAGAGCCUGAUGGGCCGGGAACUGAGGCAGCUACAAGGAUGCAGCUCCCAGGAAGCGCAGAUCAGCUUCAUCAAGGCCGUGAGCGAGCUGCCCCUCUUCGGGUACACGGUCUACAUGGUGCUGCGAGUGAGCAAUCCGGCCCUGCCCAGCCCCGGCCUCCUGGGGCUGAACCGCCAGCACCUCGUCCUCAUGGACCCCAGCUCCCAGGAGCUGUGCUGCUCCGUCGCCCUGAGGGAUCUGCAGCGGCUCCACCUGCUGAGCCCGCUGGAGGCGGAGGGCUCCCCUGGCCUGGAACUCAACUACGGCUCAGCCGACAGCCCCCAGACCAUCUGGUUUGAGCUUCCGCAGGCCCAGGAACUGAAGCACACCAUCACCUUCCUGCUGGACGGCAACCCUCCUUCCAGUUAG